ACCAAGUUUUGAAGGAAUGAAGUUCCUUGCUGUGGCUUUAUCACUGAUUCUAGGGUUUUCUUCAUGGAUUUCACUCCCCAAAAGAGGCCUGGGAGAUAAAUUGCCUUUACCUAGUUAUAUUGUUAGCUGGCUAAAUGAUAAGAGGGAGUAUCAAGCAGGUGAGAUUGCAAUUAUCAAGAUUAGGCCAUUAGAUCAUUCCUUACAAAAUGGAAGCUUUGUUCCUGGUAGAUAUGCAUUCAAGUUUUCCCUCUCUGUGAAUGGGAAGAAAGGAAACAGUUCAUAUAUAUCUGGUGUCACGGCAGACACUGAUGGUGAUCCUACUAACUGGAACAUUUCUUUGACUCCAAUUCAAGUUGGAGAAUUUAAUGUGGUUGUUGCUGAAGAAAAUUCUGGUGUCACUGAUUCAUCUCUUCAUUUUCGUGUUUUCCCUGGAAAUCUCUACCCAUCUACUUGCGUGGCUUCGUGGUUCAACUUCAUCAAUGAGUUUGUUGCUGGGACAAAAGCUCAUGUGCUGAUACUUCCAAGGGAUGCAUUUGGGAACAAUAUAUCCUCGAGAACUGAUCCACCCAGCAAAGACUACUUUACAGUAUCAGCAUGUUAUGAAAAUGGGUCUGUUUUACAUCUGCAAGAUGUCCGAUACAAUGGUUGGAAUGACUUAGGAUAUCUUGCUGUUGGAUUCACUCCAACCAAUGCAGGAAAGCUCCUUUUGUUUGUUUAUGGUGGUAAUCAAACACUAAGGGGCUCUCCUUUGCCAUUCGUGGUAAAACCAGGAACAUUCAAUAUCACGAAUAGUAUGGGCAAAUGGAAGUAUGGGACAAAUUCUUUGCAGAUUUUCUCGAAGCUAGAAAUGUUUAUAUACCAGCAAGAUAGAUUCGGGAAUCUUGUUCCAGGUUCUUUUCCAUUUGAUGCUCGUGUAGUUGAGAAGGCCACAAAUUUGUCAGUCCCCGUAGGAGACCUGUCUUUCCAAGAGGUUGGCCAAGGAGUUCAAUUGCUUUCAUUUAUUGUUUCUGAACCCGGAGGAUUUAUGCUCACCAUUUUCAGUCUGAACUUGAACAAAAGCAUUGCCAAUGUGCCUUAUCACUAUACUGUCUUUGUAGGUUAUUGUGAUGGACAGAAUAGCGUUGUCAAUGGGUCAGGUUUAGCUGCUUCUGUUGCUGGUAGAAUGUCAUUCUUCUAUGUUUAUAUAGAAGACAGUUACCACAAUCCUUCCCCAAUUGAUGCGAAACAGCUUCAUGUUCAGAUUUCAAGGAAAAAUGAUUCUUUGUAUGUUCGUUCGAUUAUAUUUCCUUUGAGGAAUCAUAAUGAGCAUGUCCCUGUCGCUAGACCUGCUCCCUCUAUCAAAGAGGCUGCUGGAACUGGUCAUAGAUUGUCAGUUGAUGACAAAGACUCUUCUCCUUGGAGAUCAAAAGGUCCUGCUAGUGCUUUCAGUAUUUCUUACACUGCUGACAAGUCAGGAGAAUAUGAAAUUCAAGUUUUCUGUGGAAACAUCCCACUUAACGAUGGCCGUUCCUACUUGGUGAAUGUUUCAUCAGGCCUUGUUGAUGCAUCAUCAUCAACUGUGGUGAAAAUUUCAUCCAGAGUAAAGAGACUAGUGAGAAAUGAAGUUGUGGUUCAACUCAUGGAUUCUUUCUCAAAUCCAGCUGCGUCUUAUAGGGAAAGACUGAGCUUUAAAUUUGGUGAUGCUAAUUUUUCUGGUUUUCUAACUUGGGCAUUCUCUGAUAACGGAGAUGGAACAUAUACCGGUUACUACUUGGCAAAGGAUCUUGGUGUAUUCAAUCUCUCUGUUCUAUUUGACGACAAAAUUUUGUCUCCUUCACCGGUUCAGAUCAACAUAUACGAAAGAGAAUAUUUUCCUGAAGCUCACAAUGAUAGCAUAUCUGUAUGGGAAGAUGAAUCAAUUCUGUUUGAUGUUCUGUCAAAUGACUAUGUUGCCACCGGCGAAGCUGUUAUAAUUGAAUCAUUGAUACCAUUUCAUGGGUCACUGCUACCAUAUGGACAUCUUUUCCGAUACACUCCGUACAAAGGAUUUUAUGGUAAUGAUUCCUUUUCUUACACAAUUUCUGAUGUGAAUCAGAAUGUUGCUACUGGUAUUGCUACUAUAUCCAUCCUGUGCAAACCACCUCAGUUUGUAUCUUUACCAGUUCACUUGCAUGUAACUGAAGAUGUUAUAAGCCCCCAAUUUGGUGGUUUCUCUGGGUUUGAAGUUAGAUAUUCAGACAUCAAAGAAAACAUAUCUAUUACUGUGAGUGCACAAUCUGGUUCUGUAUUUCUUGCUCCAAUUCCAUUACAACUUUGGCAACCUGGGAGAAAUAAACUUUCAGUGAGUAGAGGUGGUAUGCCUGGUACAGAUUUGAUUUUAACCGGCCAUGUUGAAUCAAUCAACUUUGCUCUGCAGUGGAUUCAAUAUCUCGGAAAUGAGAACUUCUAUGGAAACGAUAUUAUCGAUUUAUAUGCUAUGAAUAAAAAUGGAAUACAAGAUGCUCAUGUUCCAGUAUUUGUGGAGCCUAUCAAUGAUCCUCCAACUAUAUUUGCUCCACAGUUUAUAAUCUUGGAGGAGAAAGAAACAACUGCCAGAUUUCAGAUCUUUAACAAGGACAGAGAUGCAUUUAACUUCUCCAUUGCAGACAAAGAUCUUAAUAGUUUUUCAGAUAAGUCUCAGUUUGUUGUUGCGUUCUCCAUGGAAGUAAAUGAUGGAAUGUUAUCAACAAGUCUUCCAGUAAAUCUUCUCCACACUGCAGAACUGAAGCUUAAAAACAAGCACCACUGGGAACCCCUUCAGACUUUCGUUGCUAUCUCAAACCAUUUUGUUCUGAAUGGAAAAGGAUUUAGAUUUCGAGGUACAAUUGAAGAUUGUGACAAUGCCAUGCAGAAGGUGUUGUAUCAAGGAGAGAAAGAUGAUGAUGCUUUACUGACUAUUUCGGUUAAUGACAUGGGGAAUUACGGUUGUUAUCCAGACUGUACCGAAAAAAUGUCAUUGCCACUGUCUACUAAGGUCACAGUGAAUCUUGUCAGAAGAAAACCAAUCAGUUCAACAGCAGCACUUUUACUUGGAUCAGCAAUUGUUGUCGAGAUCAUUAUGAUGCUACUCCUCGGCGGAAUCCUCCUAUUCUUUAUGUGUAAAUGCAUGAAUGCUCUUCAAAAGGAGAAGAACACUGAAAAUUCAGAGCCUACUGAAGUUGAACAUAUUGACAAUGAAACUAUUGAAGAACAUAUCAGUGAAUUUUCCGGGCCAAUUUCCUUAGGAAAUCAGAGUUCAAGCUUACUUAAAAGAUCAGGAAGAAUGAUUGAAAACUUGAGCAUGAAUGAAGAAGCAACAUAUGGCAUUCAGACUUCUGGUGGUGGUGAGAUAAUUCCUCUUUCAAUAGAGAAGCAUUUGGAAUGAAAUAUUUAGAUGAUAGUUUGUGAUUUGAUUAGAAACUUGUGAGAAUGGUUUGUUAUCAUCUUUGUUUAAGGAACAGGAAAAAAAA